GAUCAAUUUAUCGAACAACGUCCAGCAUGGCUCGAGGAGGCCAUAAUUCUCGCGGCGGUGGCGGCCGCGGUAAAGGACGCGGCCGUGGUGGCGGCGGUCGUGGUGGCAGAGGUGGAGGUCAACGGAAUUUUCAACCAGACAAUCGUGUUUCGUUCCAGAACAUUGACAAACGCAACGAGAAGUUUGAAAGAUACUACAACACUAUUGGCCUGCUCCCAGAUGAAACUGAGCGCGCUGCCUUCUGGGCUGCUCUUCGAACGGAAUUGCCCAACUCGUUCCGCUUCACUGGCUCCAAAGGUCAUGCCUUGAGCGUGCGCGAAAACCUGGUUACUCGCUUUUUCCCUAUGAUCAAAGAGAUUACGCAUGAAGGACGUCCAGUCGAGCUUCCGACAGCCAUGCCGUGGUAUCCGGAGGGAUUGGCCUACAGUAUGACUACCCCCAAGAAUGUCGUGCGCAAGUAUGGGCCUUUCAAGGAGUUCCAGCGAUUUCUCGUCAGUGAGACGGGUGUUGGCAACAUCAGUCGACAGGAGCAAGUCAGCAUGAUUCCGCCAUUGUUGCUGGAUGUGCAACCCCAUCACUCGGUCCUAGAUUUGUGCGCAGCCCCGGGCAGCAAAAGCGCUCAGCUGAUCGAGCUAAUCCAUGCUGGAGAAGAGGAUCGCGUCAAACAGGCCAUCGAACGUGCCAAAACAGGAGCUCCAGCGGCGAAUGGGAAUCCCGAUCUCGGCGAAGAUAGUGGGCGCGCGACUGGAAUGCUCGUCGCGAACGAUGUGAACUAUCGCCGAGCCCAAAUGCUGGUCCAUCAGGUCAAGCGAUUGAAUUCCCCGAACAUGAUCGUGAUGAACCACGACGCUACCAUGUUCCCAUCCAUCGAGCUGCCAGCGGGUUCGCAGGGCCUGAAUAAACAGGGAAAGUAUCUGAAGUUUGAUCGCAUUCUUGCAGAUGUUCCCUGCAGUGGUGACGGAACAUGCCGAAAGAAUCCGAACAUCUGGAAAGACUGGACCCCUCAAAACGGCUUGGGACUUUAUACCACUCAAGUCAGGAUCCUCGUUCGCGCGUUGCAAAUGCUAAAGGUUGGCGGCAGAGUCGUUUAUAGCACAUGCAGUCUUAACCCCAUGGAGAACGAGGCCGUGGUCUCCUCGGCGAUUGAGCGAUGCGGUGGUGUCGCGAAGGUUAAGCUGCUGGACUGCGCCGAUCAGCUUCCUGGGUUGCUUCGCAAGCCUGGUCUGAGGGACUGGAGCAUCAUGAGCCGUGGCGGUCAGAUCUACGAAUCUUGGGCUGAGGCUGUGCAAUUCGAAGGCGAGGACAGUAAAGUUGUCCCUGGCAUGUUUCCGCCAGAGGUAGAAGAGGAAAUUCCCCUGGAGCACUGUAUGCGCGUCUAUCCUCACCAACAGGAUACUGGUGGCUUCUUCAUCACCGCGCUCGAGAAGCUCGGCGAUAUUCGUGCCAAGCCUGAGCCUGAGAGCAAGUCGGGCAACAAGAAUUGGACAUUCACCAAACCCGAACCACAAUCGACUGCAUUCACGGAGCUCCUGGAAGACAUCGCAAGUGGCAAGGCAGAAGAACCAAGAACUGUGCCUGAACUUCCCAACAGUGAUGCUUCGGCAGCGCAGCGCUCCAAUGAACCUGCAGAGCCUCUCGAAACGUCAACAACGAAGCGAAGUGCCGUGGAUGAACCGAAUGACGAGCUGCCAGUGAAGAAGGCGAAGCUCGCCGACGACAUAUCUGAGGCUUCCUUGGAAGCAAAUGCAACGAGACGCGAACAUUGGCCACUUCCUCCUGCAGUAACCGACGCAGUUGAGGCUAGCGGCAAUGUCCCUGGUGCUGGCAUUGUCGGCGAUUCAGAUGACACCAUCGCAUCCCAAGGAGCGGAUGAUGUUGGAGCGGCCACAGCACAGCCUGUCCCCCCCGAAAUUGCGCAGGCGACAGUGACUCGCAGGAAGCGAGGCGACGAGUCAGUGCAAGAAGAAGCCUUCAAAUUCUUAUCGGCCACGCAUCCCGAUCUAGAAUCGAUUUACAAAUUCUACGAACUCCACUCCUCAUUUCCUCGCGAUCGAUUCCUUGUCAGGAACCCAGCUGGCGACCCCGUCAAGGGUAUUUACUACUCGUCACAGUUGGUGAAGGACAUCCUUACUACCAACGAGAAGCGAGGAAUGAAGUUCGUGCACGCCGGUGUCAAGAUGUUCAUGAAACAAGACGCACAAGGACAAGAUAUUUGUAGAUGGCGCAUCCAGACUGAGGGUCUGCCCAUCAUUGAAGGUUGGGUCGGCGAUAGCCGCGUCGUUCGCAUGUCAAAGCGCAGAACUCUUCGAAAGCUGCUGGUCGAGAUGUUCCCGAAGAUCUCGACUUACAAAGACGAGGAUGGAAACGAAACAGGCGGAUGGAAAGAUCUCAACGAGAUCGGCGAGCAAGUCCGCGACAUUGGCAUGGGAUGUUGCGUGCUGAGGGCUGAUCUUGCUCCGGAAGACAGCGAGGAUGGCUUCAGAGAACAUAUCACCCUUCCAUUAUGGCGCAGCAUGUACAGUCUCAACCUGAUGCUGCCUAAAGAAGAUCGACGGGCCAUGCUACUACGGCUAUUCAAUGAGGAGCCACCUCUCAUCAAUCACAGUGACCCAAAGCAAACCGGAUAUGAAGCUGCCUCGAAAGGAGGCGAAGCUGUCGAGAAGGACGCGGCUGCCGAGAAAGAGGAGUUGAAUGCAGAUGACGAUGAUGAUGUUGAUGCAGAUGCAAUGUCCUUGGAGCAGGACAUCAUCGCUAUUGAAGACAAGACUCAGGCAGCACGGCUUGAAGUCCUCGAGGAUGAAGACCGCAAGACCUCCGAAGCCAUGCCCGAGAGGCAAGGAGAGGGCGAUCAUUACAACAAGACUAUCUAA